CUACCUCUGCCGGAGGGACCUGCCCAGCGACCACCAUGGUGAGGCUCGUGCUGCCCAACCCGGGCCUGGAGGACCGGAUCCCAUCUCUGGGCCAGCUGGAGACCAUCGAGACACAGGAGGCCAGCUCCCGGCCCAAGUGGGACAACAAGGCCCAAUACAUGCUCACCUGCGUGGGCUUCUGUGUGGGCCUGGGCAACGUGUGGCGCUUCCCCUACCUGUGCCAGAGCCACGGCGGAGGGGCGUUUAUGAUUCCAUUCCUCAUCCUGCUGGUCCUGGAGGGCAUCCCCCUGCUGCACCUGGAGUUCGCCAUUGGGCAGAGGCUGCGGAAGGGGAGCGUGGGCGUCUGGAGCUCCAUCCACCCAGCCCUGAAGGGCGUAGGUAUUGCGUCCAUGUUCGUGUCCUUCAUGGUGGGUCUCUACUACAACACCAUCAUCGCCUGGGUCAUGUGGUACUUCUUCAACUCCUUCCAGGACCCUCUGCCCUGGAGUGACUGCCCGCUCAAUGCCAACCAGACAGGCUAUGUGGAGGAGUGUGCCCGCAGCUCCUCUGUGGACUAUUUCUGGUACCGGGAGACCCUCAACAUCUCCACCUCGAUCAGUGACUCUGGCUCCAUCCAGUGGUGGAUCCUGCUCUGCCUGACCUGUGCCUGGAGCGUCCUCUACGUGUGCACCAUCCGCGGCAUCGAGACCACUGGGAAGGCCGUGUACAUCACCUCAACGCUGCCCUAUGUGGUCCUAACCAUCUUCCUCAUCCGCGGCCUGACGCUGAAGGGAGCCACCAACGGCAUCGUGUUCCUCUUCACGCCCAACGUCACGGAGCUGGCCAACCCAGUCACCUGGCUGGACGCGGGGGCUCAGGUCUUCUACUCCUUCUCGCUGGCCUUCGGGGGCCUCAUCUCCUUCUCCAGCUACAACUCUGUGCACAACAACUGUGAGAAGGACUCAGUGAUCGUGUCUGUCAUCAACGGCUUCACGUCCGUGUACGCGGCCACUGUGGUCUACUCCAUCAUCGGUUUCCGUGCCACCGAGCGCUUUGAUGACUGUUUCAACACGAACAUCCUGACGCUCAUGAACGGGUUUGACCUACCCGAGGGCAACGUGACGCAGGAGAACUUUGAGGAGAUGAAGCUUUGGUUCAGCACCACCAACCCUGAGGCCUUCGCAAAGCUGCACUUCCAGACCUGCGACAUGAACACCUUCCUCUCGGAGGGCGUGGAGGGCACCGGGCUGGCCUUCAUCGUCUUCACGGAGGCCAUCACCAAGAUGCCCGUGUCCCCGCUGUGGUCCGUGCUCUUCUUCAUCAUGCUCUUCUGCCUCGGCCUGUCGUCCAUGUUUGGGAACAUGGAGGGCGUGGUCGUGCCACUGCAGGACCUCAACAUCAUCCCUAAAAAGUGGCCCAAAGAGCUGCUCACAGGCCUCAUCUGCCUGGGGAUGUACCUGCUCGCCUUCAUCUUCACCCUGAACUCCGGCCAGUACUGGCUCUCCCUGCUGGACAGCUAUGCCGGCUCCAUCCCGCUGCUCAUCAUCGCCUUCUGUGAAAUGUUUGCGGUCGUCUACGUGUAUGGCGUGGACAGGUUCAACAGGGACAUCGAGUUCAUGAUUGGCCACAAGCCCAACAUCUUCUGGCAAGUCACGUGGAGAGUGAUCAGCCCGCUGAUCAUGCUGGUCAUCUUCCUGUUUUUCUUCGUGGUCAAGGUCAAUGAGGAGCUGAUAUACAGCGUCUGGGACCCUGCCUAUGAGGAAUUUCCCAAAUCCCAGAAGGUCACCUACCCAGGCUGGGUGUAUGCUGUGGUCGUCAUUGUGGCCGGGGUGCCCUGCCUGGCCAUCCCCGGCUUUGCCAUCUACAAGCUCCUCAGGGACCGCUGCCAGAGGCCAGGGGACCGCCAGGGGCUGGUCAGCGGGCCGUCCAUGGCCUCCAUCAACGGGGACCUGAAGUCCUGAGCAGCCCGGCCCAGCGCGUGUCAGGGAGGAUCUGGGCCAUACGUGUGAGUGUGUGCGUGUGUGCAUGCGUGGUGUAUAUUGUGUGAGCACAGGCACGUGUAUGUGUAUACACAUGUGCGGGGUGUGCACACGUGAGUGUGUGCGAGUGUGCACAUUCGUGAACGCAUGUGUGUGCGUGUGCAGUGUGCGCAUGCACAAGUGUGCGUGUGAGGGUGCAUG